AUGUACACCAUCAACACCAUGUGUACGGAGUUCGAAACUGAUGUUGUGUCCCUCACUGAAGAAAAACGUGAUAUUCGCAGGGCUAAACGAAAAGAUCGGACACCACAUGAAUCGGGGAGCAAGAACGCGAAGAAAAUGAAGGAAACAGGACCCACCCUACUCGCUGAAAAUACAACACAAUUACCCGACAAGAAGAUAUUAGAGUGGCAGACAGUCAAAUCCAAAAAAGAGUAG